AUGGAUCUCUUUACCUGCAUGGUUGCGCUCGCAUCUGGUGGAGUAUCAACCAAUAUUCCCAUUCCUGGCGACAAUUUCCGUGUUGCCAAGGAGCUCGCUACAUGUUUCCUAGAUGACAGCCCUCCUACUGUCUCUACAGAAAUUGAACUCAUCGCACUCUUCUUGGCGUACUGUAACCAUCGCAAUCCCGAUGUGUCCAUUGCCGUGUUCCUUCACCUCCAUCAAAGAUUCUGUGCUGACAAGAACAUCCAUGUUGUUGUCCAGCAGCUGAACCUAUCUGCUGAGCAAGUGCGCACUGUCCUGAAAGGGUAUUACUCGGUCUGGGACACCCUUGAGGCGCGUCAAUUGGUGCCGAAUGUCCCUAUUCCCGCUAUCUUUUCGGAUGCAAACUUCAGACUUGCCGCCAUGUUUGGCGGGCAGAGCGGAGCAGACAACUGUCUUGAUGAAGCAGCGUGGCUCCUUGACAUUUACGGCCCACUGCUGUCGGACUUUGUUACCUACAUGUCUGAGUUCCUCAAGCGCGAAUCCGCCAACCCUCUGUUGGCGAAAGCCCAUUCACGUCCAUUGGACAUUGCUGGCUGGCUUGCUUCUCCCGAUACAAUGCCGGAUGCCAAAUAUCUGGUAAUGGCACCAGUUGCAAUACCAGUGCUAGGACUAAUUCAGGCUAUGCAUGUGGCUGUCUUGUACAAGACGCUCAAUAUGAGCCCUGGCGACCUUGUCUCACGCUUUAGUGUUGUAAUCGGACACAGCCAGGGUCUACCCAUGGCUGCUGCCUUUGCUUCCGUGACUGACGAGGUGUCAUUCUAUGCUGCUGCUGAGAAGACACUUGGUAUCCUCCUUACGAUGCCGGCGAUUCUAUACGUUGAUUUUUCAUCAAACGCAUCGCACACUGGAAUUAUCGAACUGCCAUUAUGCUCAGGUGAACUGUCCACGCCUAUGAUCUCCGUUCGUGGCCUGGAUAAGGAAACGCUGGAGUCAUUCAUUACUGUGUUUAAUGCGGAUCGUACAGACGAAAUGUCGAAAGUCAGCCUUGCCCUAGUCAAUGGUCGGUCAUUUUUUAUUGUUUCAGGAUACCCAAACGCUAUUUCCCUCUUUGGGCGCUACAUCACCAAGCACACCGUCUUGCCAACAGUGGACCAGUCGCGCGUCCGAUUUUCCCUACGCAAACCAGUUGCUGUUGUUACCCCGCUCAGCAUAUCUGAGCCGUAUCACUGCGAUCUUCAACUAGAGAACGCGUCUAAAGUGUAUGAAUUUGUGACUGCCAAAGGGUGGGUCCUCAACGCUGACGCUCUUCGCAUCCAAGUUAAUGGUGGGGAUGAUGGACACGAUCUUCGCGAUGAAGUCAACAUCACCAGAUUUUUGGUAGACAGCAUGGUUUGUGCACUGUUCAACAACGCUGAUGCAGCAUACACCAUCGAUUUCAGUCCAGGAAAUUCAGCAUUUUUGGGAAAUGCGCCAGGGACAUUUUGGAUGGUUACGGAAAAAGCUGUUAUCAGCACCAGUGCACUUAUUUCUGACACCCAGUCACGCAUGGGAUCCAAGGCUGAUUUGUUCAAGCAGAAUAUUUCCGAUGUCUUCUCAGCGCCAAACUGGCAGAGUGCGUUCGGUCCACGCCUUGUUCAAACUGCGCAUGAGGGUCAGCUUCAUAUUCGCACCCGCAUGUCACUCACUCUUGGACUUCCACCAGUGAUGGUUGCAGGAAUGACCCCGACUAUGUCCAACGAGCACUUUGUCGCAGCUAUCAGCAAUGCUGGGUACCAUGUCGAGCUUGCUGGUAGUGGAAUCUACACUGAAGUGGGGUUCAGAGAAAGGGUUGAAAAUUUGGCCAAUCUCGUUGAACCAGGUAGUGGAUUCGCCGUCAACACAGUCUACAUGAACAAGAAGCAGUGGGCAUUCCAGUAUCCCAGUAUCCUGCGUAUGCGGCGGGAAGGAGUACCAAUCACAGGGCUCUGUAUUGGCGCCAGUGUUCCCUCAGUCGACGUUGCCAACAGUAUAAUCGCAGAGUUGCGUGACGCGGGAAUACGCCAUGUUGCGUUCAAGCCCAGUGGACUGGCGGUCGUGGUGGUGGUCACCAUUCAUGUGAAGACUUCCACGAGCCAAUUUUGGAAACCUACAGCAAGAUCCGGUCUACUGCCGAAUACCAUCCUGGUUGUUGGUGGAGUGUCCAGUUUGGAUCAUGCACCCAUGCCUGUUGACGGAGUAUUGCUUGAGUCAUGUGUUUUGGCCGCAAAAGAGAGUGGGCGUCCUUGGAAGCAAAGGAGUUCAUUACAGCAGCCACUAGCACUGAAUACAGUGAGCGGAGGGCAUUAUGUACUAGCAAUGUCUGGUGGAGUGAUAACAAUUAUGUCGGAUUUUGGAGAACAUGUCCAUCUUCUGGCCACUCGAGCUGCACUGGCUCUCAGAGAGCUGAACGACAUGAUAUUCUCAAAACCGUUAGCUAGCCAGAUGCCGAUGAUCAUAGCAAACAAGGACCAUAUCAUAAAGCGGCUCAACGAAGACUUUACGCGGCCAUGGUUUGGCAAGAAGUCUGACGGUCGAGUGGUCGAUCUGGAGGAGAUGACGUACCUGGAAGUACUCAACCGACUCGUAGAGCUCAUGUACAAUGCAGACAAGUCCAGGUGGUUGGAUGUGUCGUAUGGAAGGUUGUUUGGGGAAUUCAUUUUGAGGAUGGAGGACCGAGUAUCUGGAUCAGAUCUCGCCCGGGCAUUUCAAUGGACCUCGCAACUUUUGGAUCCAAUUGAAGUCGUUCAUUUGUUGGAUGAGACGUAUCCAGAGAUAAGCCGCAUCCUUAUUGCGCUUGAGGAUGUUCAGUAUCUGGUCUGGCUUUGCAAGCGCUCUGGGACCAAGCCAGUCCCCUUCGUUCCUAUCCUUGACGCUGACUUGCAUGUCUGGAUGAUGAAAGACAUAUAUUCGCACCAUGAAGAUUUAGAUUCAGUCGUUGAUAGAGAUGUCCAGCGCACAAUUAUUGCCUUGGAUUCUGUAUCUGCAAAAUAUGCCACAACAGUCAACGAGCCAGUCAAAGAUAUACUCGACCGUCGUGAAUCCAAUAAGGAUGCAUCCCCAAUCUGUACUGUCGAGUAUCUUGCACCAGAGCCCUCUCCAGUAUCACUUCCUUCGCCAGUUGCAGUGGCUGUUGAAAGAUCAAGCCGCACAUACAGGCUCCCGACUGAUGCAGCACUGCUUCCAAAUCCUGAUGUAUGGCUGGAGGCACUGGCUGGUCCUACUCAGAGCUGGCUUCGUGCACUUCUCACAUCGCCAGUGGUGGUUCGCAAAUCACUGUGUGCUGCAAAUCCAAUAAGGCAGGUUCUGCGACCAAUGGCUGGGCAGACAGCAGAAGUGUCAUCUGAUGGCGAUAGGCCGGUCAAGCUUGAUAUCCAUGGACCAGCUGGGCUAUUGGACAUUCGCAUACAAUUUGAUGGCGAGAAGAAUAUUCUGAUGAUUAUUUACCAUCGGGUUGGCGAAGAGCAGUUUGAGAUUCGGUUCCCGUACAUCUACACGCCAUCCAAACCUGGACUACUUGUUGCUGAAGAUAUUGAAGGUCGGGAUUUAUCAUACCGCAAUGCUUAUUUGCGUGCACACGGCCAUGCAGUUGGCUCUGGCGAUAUAAACUCUGUUGGUAUAGAACAGCACUUCUCGGCCGAUGCGCUCAAGUCAUUCACCAUCAGCCAGGAGCUUGUUCAGAAGUACUGUUCUAGUACUCACAUCACAUCAAAAGGUCUCCUUGGGAUCAUCCACUUGAGCCAUAGUACAAAGUAUGUAGCAGAUGCUUCGCUACUUCAUGUUGGAGAAACCAUAGACUAUCAGGUAUCACUCACUGCACUUGAAAACAUUGAGAGUGGCCAGAAAACAACCCUCACUUCGAGAUUUUACCGCAAUGGAAACCUCAUUGCUAUAGCUGAAGAUGUCUUUGUCAUACGCGGCAAUAUGCAGCAUACAACCAAAUGUUCCGAUCAAUGGAUGAACCUGUGCGACGCAUGCAAAUCGAAUCAGAUGAGGAUGCUACAGCGCUUGGUGCUAAAGAGUGGUUUAUAUUCAAAGAUAGCUCCGAGCCUCUCAGCAUUAUGCGUGGAGAUGUUCUGGAGUUCAGGCUCCAUUCGCACUACCAGUUCAAAUCCAAUGGGAUCUAUUCCAAAAUCAAAACAGCCGGACCUGUGUAUCGCUUGCUAUCCAUCCAGAGAAUAUGAGCAUAUUGCUGACGUGUAUUACGAGAAUAAUGAUGCUUAUGACAACUAUGUCAUCCAGUUUUUGAAUGAAAACCAGCUGAGCGAUGCGAGCACAGCGCACUUUGAGUAUGACAGUACACUGGUAUCGCACAAAGGAAAUUCAGGUGGUUUGUCCUUUAAAGCACCGUCAGUAAAUUGGGAGUUUGCGCAUGCCUCUGGCGAUCAGAAAUGUGGACAUCAGCCGCAUCUCGCGCUGUUGUUGAGUCGUGUUGUUGCAGAUAGCGACCCUCGGCGCAUGCGCUCAUACAGCGUCCAGUUUGUUGGAAAGGUCUAUCCAGACGACAAACUUCGGGUAGAGCUGGUUCACGCGGGGAUGAACAACGGAUACAUGGUUAUCGAUGGCAAGACUGUAAACCAGAAUGGGGAAACAGUGCUGACGCUCACAGCUGAGGUUGCCCAGGCAAAGACUGCAUAUGUCUUUACUGGCCAGGGGUCGCAGUUUGUUGGCAUGGGGAUGGACCUCUACAUGUCAUCCACAGCCGCCAGAGAUGUGUGGGAUCGAGCUGAUAGGCACAUGUUGAAGAACUAUGGUGUCUCACUACUGAAAAUAGUCCAAGAAAAUCCGAGAGAGUACUUGGUUAAGUUUGGUGGCAAGAAAGGCACACCAAUUCGUACACACUACCUCUCUUUGGUGCGUGAAUAUGACGGCAAGAUAGAGCAGCUGAUUCCCGGGAUCACUCGGUCAUCGAAAUCAUACACGCACCGGUGUUCAAAUGGCCUGCUCAAUGCGACACUGUUCACACAGCCGAUCCAGACGGUGAUGUCGCUAGCUCAGGCUGCAGACAUGCGUGCUCAUGGUCUUAUCCAGGACGAUGCUAUUUUCGCUGGCCAUUCGCUUGGUGAGUUUGGGUCACUCGCAGCAAUUGCUGAUAUUGUUUCUGUCGAGGAUGCGGUCGAUAUUGCUCUCUAUCGUGGGCUUUUGCUCCAUGCUUCAGUAGAUCGUGAUACCAAUGGCGCUCCCACGAGCUGCACCUGCUCCGAAUUGUUGACUGUAUUCGUGAGCGGAAAGCAGCAGCUCCUAGAAGUUAUCAACUACAAUGUCCGAGGGCAGCAAUACGUUGUCACAGGGCAUGUUGAGAGUUUAAAUGACAUGUGCCUUAUUGCGCAUGAGAUAUCCAAAAGGAGUUUGUCAUCAGCAGAGCUGGAAGAGGGAAACAUCCUUCAGGAUAUAAUAGACGGUAUUCUCUCUGCAACUCCAGAUAUGCAGCUACAGGAAGAUGGUAGAAUAACUACCCGUAUCCCUGGCGUUGAUGUUCCCUCACACUCUAGCCAAUUGCUGACAAGUGUUGACACAUUCCGUAGCUUGCUUGACCAAAGGAUUCCACACGUCCGUAGGCUACAUACGUCGCUCUGUGGAAGAUAUAUUCCUAACUUGUCUGGCCAACCAUUUGAGAUUACAGAAAACUAUUUCAGGCAUAUCCAUGCCAUCACCCGCUCACCAGUAAUUGAGGAUGUCAUCAAUUGUUGGAGUGCAGUCAGCCAUAAUUCCACAAGUACCAGAAUAUCACUAGCACGCACGCUCCUGAUUGAGCUCUUAUCAUUCCAGUUUGCUUCGACAGUAAAGUGGAUUGAUACCCAAGACACAAUAUUCAGAAUUUGUUCUGUGAAGCGGCUGGUUGAGAUUGGCCCAAGCCCAAUACUGUGUCGUAUGGCAUCUCAGACUUUGGAAACCGAAAACUGGCUAUAUGGGGAAGUUGCUAUUCUACAUGCAAGAAGAGAUAAGGAUGAUACCACAAAUGGUAUACCAAACAUUCCAGAAAAACUAUCCAGUCCCGAAAUUCCUGCUCUGGAGGAACAGCCAUCUCCACUGCCCAUUACUCCAACCACAAUAUCAACUGAUAAUGAUGUGCCGAUUCCAACUAUUGACAUUCUAAGAACAAUAGUCUCUCACAAACUCGCUAAAUCCGUGUUCGAAAUCAACCCUGGAAUGUCAAUCAAAGGGUUAGUUGCAGGAAAGUCAAUAAUUCAAAAUGAACUUGUUGGCGCACUUCAAAAGGAAUUCAGCAAGCGAAUGCCUGACUACGCAGAGGAGUUGUCCUUGGAGGAGCUCGCAAUAAAACUCGGAAGCACUAUGGAUUCCCUUGGCAAGUAUUCGCAGCUGCUUGUCAUUAAUUUGCUAACCAGCAAAUUCCCGAGCAGAUUCACGCUGUCAGCUGCUCGUUCUUAUUUGAUGGAUAAAUACGGGUUGGGUCCUCGUAGACAGGAGGCCGUUCUAUCCUUAUCAGCUACUAUGGAACCCUCAAGUCGGCUUGCAGAUGAGGAUGCAGCUAAAAUCUGGCUGGAUUCGGCAGUCCAGGUAUAUGCUAGACAUGUGGGGCUGCCAUUGACAGCUACAGCAAAAAAUAGUGACAAUAAUGGUAUGAGCGCCGGGUCAAUUGUUAUCAAUAGUGCUGAAUUCGACAGGGCUCAGAGGAAUCAAAAGAAUCUCAUCCUUGAGCAAGUAGAGACGCUCGCCAGACAUGCAGGACUUGAUAUACGUCAGGGUGCUAGGUCAGCUGAAAAGUACCAGGUAAAGUUAGCAACUCUCGAGUCAGACCUCGAUGAAAUUAAACAAGAGGUUGGCUGCACAUUUAUCGAAAGGACCAAGAUGAUGUUUGAUGCAAACAAAGUCCGUCACUAUGACUCAUACUGGAACUGGGCCCGCCAGGAUGCGUUUGAAUGGAUUUCUGGCAUCCUGAGCGGAGAGGAGCCAAGUAUGGAUCGGGGUACAUACAUGAAACGUAUUCAUAUGCUCAAGAACCGCUCCAAUCCUGGACUGCUUUUGAUGUUGCAAGCACUCAUUUCGACUCUCCAGACCGCUGAUAGCCUGCUCGCACAUCGCGCACUAGAGCAAGCUGAGACCAUCUAUGCAGAAUGUAAGGAGUCAGAAAACUCUGCCCCAGUCUAUAAAGGGCUCUCUACUCCAAUGCGACCAUAUGCUGAAGUUACAUCAAGGGGUGAUAUUGUUGGCUCUGAGAUUCCCAGAGAGGAUGAGCAUUCAAUAUAUGACUAUGUCCAAAAUAUGAAGCGGACUAGCAAUGACGGAUUGCCUCUACUGCAUAUGUAUGAGCGGCAGACUGGAAACACCUGGCCAUACAGCAAGGCUAAUUCUGAAGAAUACUUCAAGUCCAUGGAGGAGGCAGCGAUAAAUGGUAUUUCAUUUGGGGGCAAGUGUGCAUUAGUUACUGGAUGUGGAAUGGGAUCCAUUGGGUCGGGUUUGGUCGAGGGUUUGCUUUCCGGCGGUGCGAAGGUUAUUACCACAAUGUCCAAUUCUUCCCUUGAGUCAGUCCGAUUCUUCGAAGAGAUGUACCGAAAGUUUGGUUCUCGUGGAUCCCAGCUAGUCCUUGUCCCAUUCAACCAGGCGUCUUCAUGUGAUGUAGAGGCCCUCAUCCAGUAUAUUUAUGAUAGUGAUGGCCUUGGUUGGGAUCUGGACUAUAUUGCCCCAUUCGCCGUGUUCCCAGAAUGUGGCAAGGAUGCAGAGAAUAUCGACUCUUACUCUGAGCUGACAAUUCGCACCCUCCUGACCAAUCUUUUACGGAUGAUUGGACCAGAUUAA